UUAAAACUGAACCUAAAGCUACCUGCCUCUCUCUGUCUCUCUUCUUCUCUCUACUUCGAUAGCCAAAGCUCCCUGGAAAAGGAGAUAAUGGCUGCGCUGCUGUAUCUAACCAUCCUCUCAUCACUCUCCUUCCACCUCUGCUCUUGUGCUUCCCCAUGGCGAACCAUGACGACCGGCUCACACAUCAGAGCUGAGGACCAUGACAAGAUCUUCCUCCUCUCACCUGAUACCACCUUCUCUUGCGGCUUCCAUCAGCUUGGCACAAAUGCUUUCACCUUCUCGAUCUGGUACACCCACACCACCGAGAAAACUGCCGUGUGGACGGCGAAUCCCUACUCUCCGGCGAAUGGGGGAUACUCCCCAGUGAACCUUUACGGCUCCAGGGUGUCGCUGGGCCAUGAUGGCAACCUAGUCCUCACAGAUACCAACGGCACGACGGUGUGGGAAAGCAAGACAUCUUCAGGCAAGCAUACUACAGUUACCCUUCUUGACACCGGCAAUCUUGUAAUCAAGGAUUCCAGCAAUAGUACUGUGUGGCAGAGCUUCGACUCACCGACCGAUACCUUGCUGCCAUGGCAGAACCUGACCAAAAACAUAAGGUUAGUCUCUCGUUAUCAUCACCUCUACUUUGAUAACGAUAAUGUCCUGCGCCUAUUAUAUGACGGCCCAGAGAUUACAAGCAUCUACUGGCCAAGUCCAGAUUAUAAUGCCGAAAAAAAUGGGCGUACUAGAUUUAACAGCACCAGGAUAGCAUUUCUUGAUGAUGAGGGUAAUUUUGUGUCAAGUGAUGGAUUCAAGAUAGAGGCUACAGAUUCAGGUCCUAGGAUCAAGAGAAGGAUUACAAUUGAUUAUGAUGGCAAUUUUAGAAUGUACAGCUUGAACGAGUCAACGGGCAACUGGACUAUCACAGGGCAGGCCGUGAUACAGAUGUGUUAUGUUCAUGGGCUAUGCGGCAAGAAUGGGAUAUGUGACUACUCGGGAGGUCUAAGAUGUAGAUGUCCUCCAGAAUAUGUGAUGGUUGAUCCAACAGAUUGGAACAAAGGAUGUGAACCAACGUUUACAAUCGAUAGCAAAAGACCACAUGAGGACUUUAUGUUCGUCAAACAGCCUCAUGCAGACUUCUAUGGCUUCGAUCUGGGAUCAAAUAAAUCCAUCUCAUUUGAAGCAUGUCAGAAUAUUUGCUUGAACAGCAGCUCCUGCUUAUCAUUCACAUACAAGGGUGGGGAUGGUUUAUGUUACACUAAAGGCUUACUCUACAAUGGUCAGGUGUACCCAUAUUUCCCCGGAGACAACUACAUGAAAGUACCUAAGAAUUCAAGCAAAUCAACACCCUCAAUCUCCAAACAACAAAGACUCACUUGCAACCUCAGUGCUCCUGAGAUCAUGCUAGGCUCAGCAAGUAUGUAUGGAACAAAGAAGGACAAUAUAAAGUGGGCAUACUUCUAUGUUUUUGCUGCAAUAUUGGGAGGUCUAGAGUCGCUUGUAAUAGUGACAGGCUGGUACCUUUUUUUCAAGAAGCAUAACAUACCCAAGUCCAUGGAGGAUGGAUACAAGAUGAUAACAAACCAGUUCAGGCGAUUUACAUACCGAGAAUUGAAGGAAGCGACUGGAAAAUUCAAAGAAGAGCUUGGGAGGGGUGGGGCUGGAAUUGUUUAUAGAGGAGUACUUGAAGAUAAGAAAAUAGUGGCAGUAAAGAAGCUUACAGACGUUCGGCAAGGAGAGGAGGAAUUCUGGGCAGAAGUGACUCUAAUUGGGAGGAUCAAUCACAUAAAUUUGGUAAGGAUGUGGGGGUUUUGCUCAGAAGGGACAAACAGACUAUUGGUAUAUGAGUAUGUGGAGAACGAGUCAUUGGACAAGUACCUCUUUGGUGAGAGAUGCCACGAAAGCCUGCUAAGUUGGAGCCAAAGGUACAGGAUUGCCCUGGGCACAGCCAGGGGUCUUGCUUAUCUUCAUCACGAAUGCCUUGAGUGGGUCGUGCAUUGUGAUGUGAAACCAGAAAACAUACUUCUAAGUAGAGAUUUCGAUGCCAAGAUAGCAGACUUUGGACUAGCCAAACUUGCAAAGCGAGACAGCACUAGUUUCAAUUUCACCCAUAUGAGGGGCACAAUGGGCUACAUGGCACCAGAAUGGGCGUUGAAUUUGCCGAUCAAUGCAAAGGUUGAUGUCUACAGCUAUGGAGUAGUGCUCCUUGAGAUUGUGACAGGAAUCAGGGUUUCAAGCGGCAUAGUGGUAGAUGAAAGGCAAGUGGAGUUUCCAGAGUUUGUCCAGGAGGCCAAAAAGAUUCAGGCUACAGGGAAUGUCACCGAUUUAGUGGAUGACAGACUGCAUGGACACUUUGAUCCAGAGCAAGUAAUUACAAUGGUGAAGGUAGCUCUUUCAUGCCUGGAAGAAAGAAGCAAGAGGCCAACAAUGGAUGAAAUUCUGAAGGCUCUCAUGUUAUGUGAUGACGAAGACGACUACCAUCCUGCCUAUUCAUAUUAGCCUGCAGCUACUGCAUAAAUUUUGAGAUGUGUACGUAAUAGGAUAUCCUAGAUGAUGUAAUUAUAGGCAUAGCUAGAUAUGGUGACAAGGGCUUAUUGUUUAUGACAUUGGAAUGAUUAUAUUGCAUAAUGUAACAAGUUUUGUUCUGUAGAUGAAAUGAGUGAAUGAAUAGUAUGCAGGGCUAUU